AUUACCGUAUUUAUAUAUUUUGUGUUUUGGGAUUUGGAAUCAGGAUUGCAUUGAGGUUAUAUUGCGUGUCUAUUGAAAAGUCAUGUCAGAAUUUCAGAUUGAGAAGAGAUAGUUGUUCUAAUUUAUAAUGAAGUAAGUCAUUGUUUUCGAGAAUGGCAGCUUUAAUGAAGAAACGAGUACUAGCUGAAUUUAAUCAGAGCCAGGCGAUCGUUAAUGAGCCGCCAACCAAACGAUUAAAGACUCUAAGGCUAUUAUCGACAUCUGGUUCGAAGAACGGUACUGACAGCAGCUCGGCAUUAGCUUAUAUAGAAUGCUUGGAAAAAUGCAAGAGUGGUAAUGACGCAUUACAACUACUCGUUCGUAUUUCGGAUGCUAUAGCGUAUAUAGCACCAGAGGAUGUUCCCAUUGCUGUAAAGAAGCUAGCAGAGAGAUUUGCUGUCGAGAAUGAAGUUGCGGUGAGAGCCAAGAUUUUCUGGGUGUUUGCUGAAUUGGGAGAGGUGACGCCCGACACAUUGGAGAAGGCAAAAAUUGUGAACGAAACAGCGGAACUUCUGAGGAACGAGGAGUCGCACAGAGUGAAGAGUCAGGGAUUGGCAACGUUGUUGAAGUUGGGAGAUUACCAAAGGGCGCUGGUGUUGAAGAUUGCGCAGGAACAUUUGCCUGACACAUGGCACGGUGUUCAAACACGAUGUCUUUCGAUCAUUGGGCGUUAUUUAACAGCAAAUGCUGCUGAUGAUACCUUAACGCUAAUUGGCAAUUAUGCCCACUCUCAAGAUCCACGGGUUCGUGCACAGGCUUUCGAAACCAUGGCGGAAUUGCAUUCUCACAGAGGUUGUAGACUCCCCGCGAGUUUCUUUAAGGAAGCCUGCGCAGCUCUUCGCGACGAUUACGAGAUCGUACGCCGAGCUGUGCUGAAACUUAUCUGGCUCUUAGGAAGGGAAUAUCCAGAAAAUAUUAUUGUUGGGUCCGAUGGAGAGGAUGUACGUAUGGUGGAUUGUGCCUUUUCACAAAUUUGCAGUCUUAUGGGUGAUUUAUCACCUCGCGUUAGAGCCUCGGCAAUGUCGCUUUUGGGAACCAUGAAAAGUGUAUCGCGUCGUUACAUCGAACAAGCGUUGGAUAAGAAGCAAAAAGUAGUUGAAGCAGACAGACCUGAAGUUGAAGAAAAAAGUGGAUCUUGUGGAGCAUUUAUUCAUGGUUUAGAAGAUGAAUUUUUAGAGGUAAGAACAGCAGCGGUUGAAGCACUCUGCACACUUUCGUUGGAACAACCAAGUAUAGCUAGAGUUUCAUUGGACUUCAUGGUGGAUAUGUUCAAUGACGAAAUUCAAGAUGUCAGAUUAAGAGCUAUCGAAUCUUUAAAGAAAAUGUCAGCAAGCGUGACUCUUCGAGAGGACCAGUUGGAAACAAUUUUAGGCGCGUUGGAAGAUUUCUCGGGAGAAGUGAGAGAAGGCUUGCACGCUAUGCUAGCCGCUAGUCAUCUCGCCACCACAAAUUGUCUUUACAUGUGCGUUAAUCGUUUGCUAGAUAAUUUAACUCGAUAUCCUCAAGACAGGGAGAGUAUCAGGAGUUGUUUAGCAGCAUUGGGCGCGUCACAUCCGUACUUAACGUUGCCUUUAGUACCGCAGCUUCUUGGCCGACAUCCUUUCUUCGACACACCCGAGCCAGAUGUGGAUGAACCAUCUUAUGCAAGCGUGCUCGUUUUAAUCUUCAAUGCCGCGUUACACUGUCCGAGUAUGCACGCUCUCUUUACAGAACAUGCUUCCAAACAUUAUCACUAUUUGCGCGACACUAUGCCGUAUCUAGUUCCGCGAUUGCGACCAGCGCUUACUAGUGGUUCAGGAAUCAAAAUGGAAGAUAUGGUUGACGAAGAGAACAGAGAUCAACGUGGUCGAGAGUUCUUGGAGAAGAUGGUAGUUGGAAUCGAGAAUGCUAGACCAGGCGGGAGAGUUCAUACGCAGCUUUUAGAGACCGCAGCCAUUGAUCUUGAUCGUCUGACAGAGAUGGAUCAUCAGAUGGAAGGUGCGGCACGUUUCACCGCCUUAUAUAUUCGAUGUCUGCUGCUAUUGAAGUUCGUUCUCAAAGAAUGUUCCAUGUCUUCGACGACGUCUAUUUUGGCAAAUCCAGUGCCGAAUACUAACAAUAAUAUUUUCGUUCUCCUUCAGCAUACGCAAAAAUUACAACGCUUAUUUAGCGGAUUAGGCGAGAAUGAAAUUAUAUUAGCUAACGAUAUGUGGUUGAAAGCACUGGCUAUAGAAUUAGUUAGGGUGACCAAGAGUGCAACCGGCAGCGCGUUACCACUGGCUCGUUAUUUCUUAUCGGAAGCCGACGCUUUGCCUCAAGAUACAUCGAGGCUGCCACCGUUUUCCAGGGCUCUGGUUCUACAAAUACCCACUUUGGCAGACGUGAAACCGGGUUCCUUGACACGGCUUUUGUUGCCGUUGCUUUUGACGCCGGUGACACAGGGGGAAGAACGAUUGCCGAGACCGUCAGCGACAACGCGCUUCUGCCGAGCGCACAUCGAGGAACCGAGAGGCGAUGCCGAUGCCGCACUAAAAUUCACGGGCGGUCUUUUACUGGGAAUCCCUCUGAACGCCAAGAUAUUAAAUUUACGCGAUCCUUCUACUCUGCGAAUAAAGCUGAGACACCCGGAUCAACAAGUGCAAUUACUGUUACCGCGACAGUCAGAUCUACGUAGGCAACAGUCCGACCAGAAGGAUUACAGAUUGAGGACAACAGUUCUACUAUCGCAUCAAGUGUGGAUGGAGCCUUGUAACGUAGAAAUCUCCCUAGCAUUACUAUUGCCUUCAUCUUCGAUUUGCACGCAUCCACCUUUAGAUGAUCCAUGCGUGAUUGAUUUGUGUAAACCUACCAAAGUAUCGAUUGCACCGAAAGCCAUCAAAAGAGGCAUAUGAUUACAUUAUUGUGUAAUAAUCAUUUAAUUUGUAUGUAUCUUUAUAGAUCAAGACUUAAUACUUUACACAGAGAAUUAGUUUGUUAAUAAAAAAAAUUGUAAUUUAAA